GGCGGCGUGAAGCUGAGGGCAGCCAUGGUGCGGAUCACUGAAGAUCUUGUUCGAAGACGUGCAGAACAUAAUAACUGUGAAAUUUUUUCACUGGAAGAAAUCUCUUUACAUCAGCAAGAAAUAGAAAAACUAGAAUAUCUUGACAAAUGGUGUCGAGAUUUGAAAAUUCUCUAUCUUCAGAAUAAUCUAAUUCCCAAAAUUGAAAAUGUGGGUAAGUUAAAGAAGCUGGAAUAUUUAAAUUUAGCUUUGAACAACAUUGAAAAAAUUGAAAAUCUGCAAGGCUGUGAAGAUCUGAAGAAACUUGACCUGACAGCAAACUUCAUUGGUGAACUCUCUAGUAUUGAAACUCUAAAAUAUAAUAUACAUCUGAAGGAAUUGUUUCUAGUGGGUAACCCAUGUACUGAAUUUGAAGGUUAUAGACAAUUUGUGGUGGCAACACUUCAUCAAUUAAAAUAUUUGGAUAGUAAAGAAAUAGAACGUUCAGAGAGGAUUCAAGCACUUCAAAACUAUCCAGAAGUGAAACAGAAAAUCAGAGAACAGGAACAAUCUUACCUUCUCAAAAGAGCCAAAGAAAAAGAAGAGGCUCAAAGAAGGAUGCAUGAAAGAAAGGAUAGGAAAGAGACACAAGUGGAAGCUAAGCUUGAAUUUGACAGCUCAGGCUCCCUACAGGACAAAGAAAACUGUCGGUCAGAAGGAGAAACAGAACAACAAACAUGGAGAACAGUUGAAGAUGAUGAAGAAGACAGAAAAUUUUGGGAGGAGCCUACACCUUAUACUCCAGAAUCUAGAUUAGAAACUCACAGAUAUAUUGAAGAAAAACGGAAAGCAAAAGACAAUAUAAGGGAGCCAAAAAAGAGAGAGAAGCCUCUUCCAACACUGGUCACUGCAGAAGGAAAAGUUCUAAAUGUCAAUGUGCCUAAGCUUCAUUUCUCCUUGAAAGACGAUGAAGAAAACAACCAGUUCAUUUUGGAACUUUUUGUUUACAGACAUCUGGACACUUCUCUGCUUGAUGUUGAUGUCCAGACAACUUACAUACGAGUACUGGUGAAGGGAAAGCCAUUCCAGCUUGUGCUCCCUGAGGAAGUGAAGCCGGAUAGCAGCUCUGCUAAAAGAUCACAAACAACUGGUCAUUUAGUUGUCAGCAUGCCGAAGGCUAAAGAAAUGAUCCUGGCUAAGCAAAAAUUAUCAGCUUCAAUCAAACCUUCUGACACAAUGCAAAAAAAUGCAAGAAGUAAAAAUGUUGAGAAAUUAGAAGUGGAUCCUAGUAAAUAUUCAUUCCCUGAUGUGACAAAAAUAAUCCAAGAAAAGGAACGAAUUGGACAAGGCCCUAUUAGGCUACAAAGAGAGAAGAUUACAGAGACUAAGAAGAAUUAUGUUGAUUUUGAAAAUAAUGAAGAUGUUCCUCCCUUAAUUUGA